UUUUGCAUGACCGCCGUAAUUAUCGUACCGAAAAUUAUAUUCGGUUAUCGUGAUGAUAUCGGACUGAUUCUUCGUGGUUUAUCGGAGUUGUUUUUCCAGAUAAAUAUAGCGUCGAAGAUGGUGCUCUUUGUUUGGAGAAUUGAAAAAUUCGAACAGAUGCUCGUCGUUCUGCGCAAAUGGUUUAAGAAAACAUUAUCGUCCGACAUCGAUUCCGAAGAGAGCAAGGCUUUUAUCCAAUGCAAUCGAACAAAUGAUCGUAUUUCAAAAAAAUACUUCAUACGUCUUUUUACCAUUGCCAGUCUUUUUAGUGUAACUCCUUAUAUGUUUUCGACAUUCGUUUAUAUGACUUUUGACCGAGAAAAUAGCACGGAGCCUAUUGAGUUUCUUACUCAGAUGGAACAGGAGUUUUACGGUCUCAGUAUCCGUACGAAUUUUCUGCACUACUCAAUAUUUUCGCUAUGUUCCACACUGGUGUAUUAUUCUGGUGCCUACACAAUUUUCGCUGAAGCAAGUUCGUACUACUGUUCCAACAAGUGUUGCUCGCAAAUGUUUUCGGUUAUUUCUUUGAGGAUUGCAAAGCUGGCUUCGGUCAAAAAGUCGGAGCAAAAAGAUGAACUGAACGACAUUGUGGCGAUGCACGUGGACGCAUUGAAAUGUGUGAAACUGUUGGACGAGAACUCCAUGUUUGCUUCUCUUAUGCAAGUUUCGAACUGUUUGCUGAUUUGGAGCUCAAUGGGAAUUUAUUUAACCUACAACUUCGGCUAUGGCGCUUUGAAUCUACUGAUGCUAUUUAGCAUUGUAACAGUUGAAACAUAUGUACGCUGUCUUCUGGGAGAAGAACUAUCUCAAAAGAGCUUUGACGUUCAACAGGCGGUCUAUGAUUUCCCUUGGUAUGAAGCGCCCGUAUCGAUCAGGAAGAGUUUGCUCCGGAUGAUGCAAAGAGCUCAGACUCAAGUUGGGGUCACAGUGGGCGGCUACUGCUUUCUGGAUAUCGAGCUCUUCGGAUCUGUGACACAGAAAUCCUACUCAACUUACGUUGUUAUGAAAAACUGUUUGUAAUGUGAUUGAA